AAUUCCUUAGCAGGUCAGGAGACAUGAGCCCCAAGAGGAAGAUGCGCAACAGUCCAAGAAGCUCUUCUGCUUGGACCAACUCCCCUGUUAAAGCAGGUUUGGUAUCACCAUCUUCUCUUUCGGCAACAGUAGUUAAGCAGGAUUCCUACUCAACCUUCCACAAGACACCAAAGCAAAAGAAGUUCACAAAGAAGCAGCGGGAGGAUUUCACCAGGGAAACAACACACCAAGCUGUGGCUGAAUGGGUAGCGUCACCGGAAGUCACCAAUUGGAUCAUCAAGAAUGCUGAUCGGAUUCAACUCCUUCCAAGUAAUUAUAGCUCAGAAGAAAUGGUGGAAAGUGAAUCAGACUCGACAGGCGAGACUGUUGCUGGGAGUGGCAAGCCAUUCAGCCUUUUUAAUCGGCGGUGACUGGACCAGAGAAAUCACGGUGGCAAUCAGGGAUCACGGCUUUUUUUUCUAGGAUUAGCUAACCAUUUUGAUUAACAGUUUGUUUCCAGAAUUAAUCUCCUGAGGACAUGCAAGGUUACCUCUGUAAGUAAAAAAAUCACAGUUGUGCACAGAAGGGAAAGCCAUUGUUAGUUCCUGAUUACUUUCUGCUUGCUUGUAUGGUAAUAUGCGGUGGGAGGCGCCUCUAAUCCCACUAC